UCGCUUUUAAAAUAUAGUUUUUUACCUUAUUCUACAUUGUUAAUAAAUCGUUAAUCAUCGUUACAUCAGCAGAAAUAAGCAAUAAUCAAUUUUACAAUGAUUUUAUCUCAAGUUCAAGGUACAAACCUUGGUCACAACGUAAAGGUGCUAGACUUUUUCAAUCUAGAAAGUGCCACUUCUUUUAGAUUAAUAAUUCAAACGCUCCCAGCUCAACAGCGCUUCUAGUUUUCAAUCUCUAAAAGUCCUACGCCUUGAUCAGCCUGUACGCCAACGCUAUAAAUUUUAGUACUUCUGACUAGUGUAGAAUUCACUAAUGAGAACAAUCAAUUUACAUUUGUUAUUCCUAUUAAAAAUGGAACGCGGAGCAUGAAACAAAAUGAAAUUCAGAACCAAAAACUAUUGUUUCCAUGGAAACGACGGGAGAACUUAUAAGCCUGCUAUUUUAUAUGGCUUCUGCUAUCAAGUAAAGUUUUGUGUUAUACACGUCGAUAAAGAGCAUCUAACUAUCAACAAAAAACAAAAAAAUAUUUAUACCUUUAAUAAUUAACUUGAGUAAAUAAAAUUUAGAAAAAUCAAAACAUCAAUAAUUGCAUCCUUAAAUGAGAUUUAAACGCUAAGAAAAGACGAAGCUGGUCACCCCCCCCCCUGCUUUUGGACCUGAAAAAAAUUUAAACCAGAUAACUCUGGACUCGUGGAAAACAUACCUAAUAAUAUACGACGGUCUGAAAGUAUCUGAGACUGUGACCAACCUUCCAAGUUUCCAGGAAGUCCAAACUUUAUUAUUGAAAAAAUGCAAUCAUGCAAACUGUAGUAGUAACAUAAAAAAACCAAUUAGAGGGAGGAACGAUUUAGUCUCGCCCUGGGAAUGUUAAAGAUAAGCAAUCUUGCUGUGCGACUUUUUUUUGAUAACCCAAUUUGAUUUUUGAAAGCAAUUAGGAAGAGAAUGGUCCAUGCAAAAAAUGUGUUUAAAAAUGUUUUUUUGGUUAAACUGUAAUGCGUUCGAAUGGUUCAUCAUACGCAUAUGAAAUGUACUUAGGCUAAUAUAUCCUUGAUGAAAAGAAUUCGAGUUUGUGGUUACCUACAAAUCUUUGAGGAAGUUUGAUAUCUACACCUUUUCCUGUUGAUUUCGUUGUUAGAACAAUUCAGAUAUACUUCAAUCAGUUACCUCAUAAAUGUGACUGUGGCAAAAUGGGUGAACCGAACGUCGCUUACGAACCGAAUAAACUAAGAUCUCGUCCGUUACGAUGCAUAUGGCUACCUAUUUUGGCCACAUUUCUGUUCAUACUAUAUUGGUUUUGUCUCUGCCCUCUACUAUAUGUGGCCUUACGCCGAAUGAAUUUCGGUUGGACGCACUAUUGGCAUUACUACUACUGGGCUGUUGCAUUCCUUGUGUUUCUACUCAUUCUUGGAUUGCUAGUCUUGUUAUGGCGUAAAAAGUGUAAAAGUUGUCCACAUCCUGCAGCGGUACCAGUCUCGGAGAGUCCAUCGGACACAAAGGCAUUAUUAAAAGUCGACGUAGCUGAAGAGGCUUUACGCAGUGAAGAAAUUGAUAAAAACAUCAAAGCUUUGGAAAAGAAAUUGGAUGUGGAGAUUACUAAAGUAAACAUCAAUACUGACGAAAUCAAGGUCUAUAGUGAGAAAGAACAAGUACCAACCGUCGAGCCAGAAGCACCAACUAAAAGUGAAUUGAGCGGUUUUGUUAGAAACGAUCUACAAAGGACAGAUGAACCGGUAGAACCGUCAUCUAGUCAACCUCCAUCGAACUUAGACCGGGUUAGCGAAGAAACGAAAGUCGAACUGCACAGUCCCGCUUAUCCACUGACCCCUCGUGAAAUAUUCUUCUGGGAUUUAAUACAAAGUGCGAAUAAAAAUGAUAGUGUGAAAUUUAAUUUCGACGAAAGUGAUAAGGGCAUUGAAUCUGGAGAAGAUUCCACCUCAAAUAAGGAUUUGAUUAGAUCUGAUGAAGAAUCGGUCGGUGAAAUCUCGCAAGAAGUUCAAGACGGUUCCUUUACUUCUUCUACCGUACCUGUAGAGGUACCUGAUGAACCAAGGAUGGUGGAGGACGAACCCCUUCUAAAAAAGGAGUCUCCCCCGCUUUCCGUAUCAGAUGCUUCGUUACGAAUGCGUCGUACUAUCCCAAGCGUGCAUAUACCAUCUGACACGCAGUAUUUCAUUGCAAACGUAUCUGAACGGAAAAAUGAAACUUCAGAGGCGUAUCUAUAUGUAGAUGGCGGGGCUGAUAGGAAGUAUUACAGAAUUAGAAUGGAUAAUCCUGAUUGUGUUUAAUGAUUGUUUGGUAAUUCAUUGUUUGUAGCUUUAUUCUGUUGUUAUUUUUAUACAAAGUUAUCUAAAUGCUUAGGUAACAAUUUUUAAACUAUAAACCCUAAGAGUCAUUUGUUGAUUUCUUUAUCAUUUUAGUGAGUCUCGAUGAAUAGAUCGGAUUAAUAAAAACAGAUUUGUGCUUAAACAUGUUGACGUGGUGCACAAAGAAUCAUGAUUAGAGUGAGUUUAAAUUGCAGUGCUGGUGACAUGUUGGAAGUGGAACAUUAUUCCAUCCUCGCCAAAAUGUGAAAAUUGAAAAUGGGCCAUGAUUGUUCCUUUAAUUAGCUGUUUUUAUCAACACACUUCCUGUGUAAAUAUGGUGGACGUUUUCCGUAAUUAACGUUUGUUUAAUAUCAAUACCAUUUAUUUAUUUUUAGACUAUUCUUUGAAUGUUAUCAAUUUUUAUUAUAAACAUUUAAGAAUUAUGAAUUAAACGGAUUUCUGGUUCUUUUCAGAUUUCAGUCUUUUUAGACACUGAA